AACUAAUUAUCUCGUUCAAUGCAUGAUGAACAAUUCAAAAUCAGGCAUUAACAUGAAACUACAUGUACUAUAUAACUAACAGUACAUUUAUUGUAAUUUUAAGCUACAAACAAUUAUUGUAAUUUUUUAAGCUACAGAAUGGAGGUAAGUGGGCGCCGAUCACUAAAAAGUUGUGUUAACAGUGAUACAGAUAUUUCGCUAUGUGACCUGGAAAUGGCUAUGGGUGGAUCUCAAACAAGCAGUGUUAAAAGAUAUAUGGAUAUUUCCCUAUGUCAGCUAUGUGAAUGUGACGGCACGGAAAUUUACGCUCAUUGUUACUGCGAAACAUGUCAUAAACAUUUAUGUACCUCCUGUUUACAGUGCCAUCAGAGUCUUCAAAGGAAUAAUACACAUGUCAUUAAAUACAAAGUAAACCAAAUUAACAACAAAGUUCAUAAUGAAGGAAGCUCAGAGAUUUGCGAUAUACAUGAAACAGAAGUCGUGAAGCUUUAUUGUAAAAGACACGAUUAUGUAGGAUGUGAGCAGUGUAUGAAUCUCUCUCAUAAAGAGUGUUUGGUGCAGCCCAUUGAAGACGUGUCCGGAGACUAUGACAAUAGCAGAGAACUUGCCAAGAUCAAAGAGGAGUUGAAUGAUUUAAUGUCUGAAAUUAUUUCUACCAAACAUGAAGUAUUCUCAUCUUUGAACGAUGCCGAGAACAUGAAGGAGACGAUGGUUGAUAAUGUUAAAACAAUUCACGCCGAGUUAAAACAGUACAUCAAUGCUUCAGAAGAAGGUAUCCUCCAAAAAGUGGAACAAAUACAUGACAAUGAUGUCAAAUUUCAAACCAAACUAUAUGACCAAUGUGAAACCAUGGCAACUGAAAUAAACAAUUAUCAAGAACAAUUUGAUCAAAGUUCAGUUGAAGUUCACAAUUUAUUUGCUACAGCUAAGCUUGCAUAUAAAAAAUUGUGCUCCAUUAGGGAUUCCAUUAAAGAUGUGGUCUCAAAGACAAAGAUAAACACUUACAAGUUUGUACCCACCUCUGAUUUACCAACAAUAAAAGAGAAACUAGGACCUAUAGGAACUUUGGAUAUUGAUAACAAAGAAAGUGAAGAACGUGAUUUCAGUAAGUCAGAACUUGUUGGUAAAAUAAACGUGAAAAUGGAAGUAGAACAUGAUUGCUGCAUAACAGGGAUGGUCAUGCUUUCAGGAGAUGAAAUUCUGCUUGCUGAUAAUGCAAACAGUUCUCUUAAAAUCUUAGACAUCAAUAAAAAUAUGGUAACCACCAUGUGUAGAUUAUUCUCAAAACCGUUUGACGUCACCACUAUCAGGUCCGAAACUGCUGCUGCGACUUCACCCGAUAAAGGUGAAAUAUUGUUUCUGAAUACCAAAAAUGGCCUUACGCUAGACAGUACUUUAAAAGUGCAAAAGAACUGCCGAGGAAUUGAUCACAACAAUGGUUUACUGGCAGUGGCCUUCAGCUCACCACCAACAGUUCAAGUACUCAAUUUGGAUGGUAAAAUUUUGCACCAAAUUCAAGAUACAACAAUAUUUCAACUCCCUAGUAGUGUUGUCUUCACAAAUGAUAACACUUGUUUGUUAGUCUCAGAUUUUGUACAGAAUACAGUCUAUAAGCUGGAAAUAAAUGAUGACCUCACUGUUCAUUCGGAAUUUAAAAAUCUGAACCGACCAUGUGGACUAAUACUGGCCAAGUGCAACAGAGUGAUUGUCUGCUGCACAGGCGAUAGUGAGCGCCUUAGUUUGAUCAAUUUUAGAGAAAAAGUUGUACGAUGUCUUAAUACAAAAUGUGUACAAAACCCAGUAUCAAUAAUAAUCAGCGAAGGACAUAACUACAUGUGUAUCUGUGAAAAUAAAGGAUCUAUUGACUGUAACUACAUAAAAGUGUAUCAUCUCGAAUGAUGAAAUUCGUGUAACUUUGGAAAAUAUUUACCUAAAAUCUGAGACAAAUUUUGUUGUCAACCAAACAUUGAAAUGUGCACACAACCGUGACCAGACAGAAUAACUAUAUACAUAAAAGGGAAAUCAAUAACCCCCUGGGGCGAGGUUAAUUUUGACCUUAGGGUUUUUAUUUAAACAAGCUUGGUAGACACUCACUAGAAGAUGUUUCAUGCUUAAUAUCCAAGCUCUAGCCAUUUGAGCCAUUUAAAAGAAGCCUUUUUUUGUUUUUACUAUAUACAUAUCAGGAAAGUCAAUGACCCCCCCCCCCCCUCGUCUGAGACGGGCCAAUUUUGAUCCCAGGGCUUUUAUUUGAACAAACAUGGUAGAUACUCACAGGCAAAAUAUGUAAGCUCUUGCUCUAUGGAUUUUUUAAAAGAAGAUAUUCUAAGUUUUUUCUGUCGGUUGCCAUAGCAACCAGAGUUCUGCAUGGAAUUAAAUUCCUCGAACAAUUUUUAAAGGUGACCACCAAAGGAGUAUUCCCGUGGAGUUGGGUGAAAUUAGCUUAGCGGUUUAUGAGGAGAUAUCGAUUAAAGUAGAAGUUAACCGAUGGAAAAAGCGAUCACAAAGCACACCAUGUCACCUUGUGACAGGUGAGCUAAAACAGACAGUUUGAACUUGCUGAAUGUUUUCUCUAAUAUCUUUUGGGAUAUUUUAUAAUCAAAACAAUGACACAUGUGCAUUUUAAUCUUUAUCAAGGGUAUCCCUAUUUCCUAAACUUAUAACUUGCCACUGACCAUUAAUAUUGUAGGUUCAAAUUCACCUAGGGAUUCCAUCAAAUUAGAGCCAGCUCCUUAAUGACAUUACAUAUUAUGUAAAACAUACAGCUUCUUACAGGUGCCUCUCACUGCAUUAUUUUACAUGAAGGUGAUUUUGAAAUCUUAGAUGGUACAUGCUUAAACGCACAUUUAUAAGAGCAUACGUGAUUGCAAACCGCUUGGCCCUCACACCUAUAGUUUCAGUAUUGCAUCCUAGGAAGUCAGUUUCCUCUAUUUA